GACGUUUUAGUUUUGGCUAAAAAACCCUCUGGCUGGAAGAUUCCCCACAGUUCUGACGUCAUAUUUCCCAGAACCAGCCUCUUCCCAAAAGAGAAAGGAUACAGUCACUGCAAGGUGAGUUCCAGUAUGGAGAAGUGUGACCUCAGGUUACUACGGUGACAAUUUCUGGAUUUAGUAGAGACGACUCAUUUACAUUGUCGAACCAUGUAAGAAAAGGAUGGGCUACUGUUUUGUUCUUGAGUCAAUCAUGCACAGGGGAGUCAUAAAUGCCAAUUUUUCGUUUUCGUCUGCCAUGAUUUGCCGGACGCCGGUAAGUUGAGAUCCGGGAAUUUUGCUACCAUGGCAACGUGAUGUCACGACUUCUCCGCCCUAUUGGUCAGUCUCUGAGCAUAAGUUCGACAAGUUGCCUUAUCAACUACAGAAUAAGCCUUUUAUAAACUAAAAAACAUUAGUGUUUGUCCAGGAAAUCUUUUGUCAAAAGUGCAUUGCCAACUUUAUUUAACUGCAGACAUGCCAGAAAUUGUGUCACAACUCGGACAAACUCAGCGCAAACUCGUAUUGCCAAGACAUCAAUCGCACCGGAGAAAAUACUUGUAGCCGCAUGUACCAAUCGCGGAAGCCCAUGUGAACUGAAGUCAGAAUAAUUGUACGUCCAAUCAAAAGUUAAUUAUUCAAUACUCGAUCAUGCAGCUAAAACAGGAAAGAAGAAAAAAAAUCGUCUCCAAUGCGCACAUGUGCGGCCAAUUUAUUCAUAAACACCGCACACCGUUUAAGACAAGUAUCCUUCUGUCUAUAUUUAAUGAUUAACGAAGCAAUUUAUUCUUUUUUCAGACUGUCGACUUUCCGAACGAAUAUUAUAAUCCUCCAACCAUGAUCACAACAUCAGAGCAUUAUACGGACUACGUCAAUGCCACUAUUGAGCCUAAAAAUAACGCUAUUCAGGAAUACGUCAAGGUAAGAGGUUGAAAUUUUAAUUCAAGUUUAUUGAAUGUAACUGUUGUUUUAAAUCACGUAACUUAACGGGGCUGUGUCACGGCCGUGUAGUUCAUUUUGUUGAUAUUUUAAAUUACACGUCCUGGUUAGCCUGCGAGCAAGCUCUCCAGAGCGCUCUGGCGGCGGGGCAGGAAAAGGAGAGCUUGCAGCUACGUCUCUGGAACUUGAAUAUCUGCAACGAAAAAGUCCAUGCGAAAUAAUGAUUGGCGAAGAUGACAUUAGUAAUGACGUCAUUACUCUUGGCAUGUGUUUUUCAAUGUUUGUUUACAAUGCUUGCUCGCAGGCUAAUUACACGUCCUUUGUUGCUAGGGAACUGAGACAUUUCUUGUGAAUGACAAAAUCAUAGCUUAGUGUCAAACAAAUGUCUCCCAAGUAUUAUUUCAAACUUUUCAAACAACAAAAAUAAAGUUUGAAAAACUUUUGGGCUAGCAGCCUGCUAGCCUAAAUUGCAAUCUGUUUCAAUCUUCAUGUUUGUCUAUCUAUGCGUUUUGUAUUUACUUUGUUAUUUAUAUCUUUUUUAACGCUUUGAGCGGCUACACUUAUCUUUUACUCAGUCAGUUGGAAGUUCUAACUGCUUGAAUUUUGAUGAAUUUAGCGUGCAUGGCUCUCUUAAGGCCUGCGUCGGUUGCAUCUGAAAGGAAUUCUAUCGGCGGUUUCAGUUUAUGUUAGACAGUCUCUUUUUCCCAUGACAUGUUGAGGAUAUAUUUUGGUAGUUUCACCUUCUAAUGCAAUAUACUCUUCCAUAAACAUCUUGUUUUUUCACUGAUUCACAACUUUCACUGGGAAAACUUGCAGCAUUUUAAAAUAUUUGAACUGAUGACCAAAUCGUACGCACCAUCUCGAGUUAGUACAGUGCAGGUUGUAGUGAUAUUUUGGUAGCUUUUCUUGAUAAAUCUUUUUGUAUUGACCAGAGUGUAUCCAAGACGAACUUUGAAGUCUGUCUGAAAGACAUCCAGAGAUAUGAUGCAACUCACGACCAAAUCACUGUCAAUUUCUUGGCUGUUGGAUGUAAGUAUGCAGCAUGCAAAAAGGUCCACUGACAGAGGCAUCAUUUCUCUUUUAUAAGCGUUCUUGAAACAUUUUGACUCCCUUCUAAAGGUGACAUAAUAGCAUUGUAACGCUCGGUAAGGACUCGGAAAUGAAUAAAAAAAGUCAUUUCAUUAGAAAUUUGGAGCAACUGCCAUGCUAAAUACACGGUCCGUUCAUAUUAAAUGUCACCAUGAUAAUUGCCAUUGAAUGAAGCGCCAAAGCAUUAACUUUCUUAACAAGCGAUCUGAACAUUUAAUCUCGCGCCUAAUGUAACUCUGACUGGAGCUUUUAACUUGAGGUUUUUCACAAACCAUUAUUUUUUUUUUUCAGAUUAUAACCCAUGCAUUGGCGUUACAUGUCCAUAUUACGCAGUAUGUCAACCAAUCAGUGAAACUAAAUACAACUGCACGUGCCAGCCUUGCAAAUUUAAUGAAUCAGAACCACUCUGCGACAACAACGAUGUCACCCACCAAAGCAUCUGUAAAUACAAGUACAAAGUCUGUUUGGAUAAAGAAGAACCCGGGAUUAAACACUACGGAGGCUGCAAACGUAAGUAUUGAAUUUUAUCGAAUUCAAAUUUGCAAAACUGCAUGUACAAACCACACAACGAAACUGCGUAUUAAGAGAGUAAUCCAAGUUAGGCUUCAAAAACAACAGCUUCUAACUGAAAUGAGAUCCAAAAACUGAGAUAUUACGGUGCAGUUAAAUUAGCAGUGCUGAAGAGACAAGAAUGAUAGAUUGCGGCGCGAAUUUCAGAGCCCAGAGUAUAUCGUGGUAUAAGCUCCCAGAAGCACUAGAGCGAAGGUCAAACCAGAGAUGGCUGUAAGUUAGCACGUAAUAGCUUUCCGGCAUUGCAGUACUCGCGUUUUUUGGCCUUGUUGAAAGUCGUCUGCUUUUAGACUGCAAAAUCAAAGGUCGGUUUUUUCCUCAAGGCGCACGGGUGGGAUAUUCCCGCGAAUUGCGAGUGCAUGCCUCACAUAGUCUUUCACUUUGUUUUCACCAUCGUUCCAGCACUUUAAGUCGACCGCUUUGAUGUUCUUGACCUGCGCAAAAAUACGGACUAUUUUGCAUACUGCCUGCUUUCAUAAAGUAGGAGUACGUUAGAAUGUACGCUAAAUUUUUUUUCUCAUGAUGGCUCUUGCAGCAUUCGUCAUUCAACGAGGUCGUGUUGCCCUUCGUCUCGAUAAAGUCGAUGUCCAGUGCAGACUUGUCAAAUUCAAAGCGAGUUUCGACGCUAACCGAGGAUCAGUUCAUUUACAAACAACCAUCAACUACUUCAAUUACACCGGAAGCUUCGUUCACGACGCCGCGGUAACCUGGGUCGAAAAUGUAAACAUCACUGCCUUUGAAGUGUGCGCACUUAAGGCAGGGAGAGCAGAGCGCGUGACACCAGAUGGCGGGAUCACGUUUGUGGACUACAUCGCCUUUCAGGAAGCACCUGUUGACACAGUAGCUGCUAACAUUCCAAUGAAAAACUGGUGGGAUGGAACUCAAUGCCAGAUGAUUCCUUUAUCGGUAAGCGUAUAUGGCAAAUGUGGUAUUGGCGUUCAGUUUUAAAAUUAGUGUAAAAGAGACAUUGUUGGAUAGUAAGUUAGCAAUUAUGAGCAUAGUAAGUGAAUCAGAUUUUUAUCGCUACUGAAAACUGGUGUGAGAACAAAGUUAGGAACUUUUCGUCCAAUGAAAAAGCAAUUCAUCACAAGCAGUUCUAAACUAAAAUCGAUAAAUGAAAUAACAAAUACUUUCUCGCUAUACAGCAUACAGGUUUUCCUUAGUAUGUGAUUAAAACGUGAAAGCGAACGAUCAGAGAAAAUAUAUAUUGCGUAGAUUAUUGUUCUUUGGCCAAAAAUCACUUUGUUGUUACAUAUGCGGUUAUGUAGAGCUAUUCGUUCAAUUGAAAGCAAAAGAAUUUCUUUUAAGUUUCGAACUUCUAAACAAAGGUUGCUCAUUUACUGAUUUUUAAAUGCAUUCAAAUUUGAAUAAUUCCAGAAAACGUUUGAUGCCCCACCAUACGUAUUGGUUACAGCAGAGCACACAAAGGCAUCCGUGAAACACGACGCUGCCACAGUUUGGGUUGAAAAUAUCAAGACAAACGCAUUUACAGUGUGCUUAAGGGAACUGCAGAACUUUGAUGGACAGCAUAAAGACAUUAAAGUGGUAAGCUAAGGACCAUAUACUUUGCCCUUUUCGAUCCUUGUAACUGAAGAAACGGAGAGGAGUGGGGUAGUACAAUUUAAACAAAUGACUCAAAUGUUUGCAGAUCAGCAUUGAACAUCUCCUUGCUAUAUCCAUGCUAUAUGAAAAAAGGUGGUAAUGAGAAUUAAGAACAUGAUCACAUGAGAUAAAUUAUACUGAUACCUUAAUAACUUCUACCCACUAUUUUAUAGGAAAUGUAAAGGGGCAACAAAUUACUAAAUAAAUUUAAAUUUUCAUAUUAGUGGAUGAAUGACCCAAACAAUGUCGCUUCCUUAAAACCAAUAGCGGGAGUGUUUUUCAAAAGCCAAUGAAAAUAGAGGUUUUUGAGAGCUACAUGGCCAUAAACGUAAUCGAGCACGUUGCUUAGCUUGUGUGAGACGUAAUCGGUUUCGUUUAGUCCGGUCAGAUUAUCGGCCACUCUCAUUUUCUUACUGACAUUAACUCGUUCUUAGAGAGAUUAAGAUUCACGUUUACCUCAAACGGCUAACGUCAGUCUCAAGUUGAGAAUUUCUCAGAAUAGAAAAUAAGCAGAUAUAAACAGUCCCGAACGAUUCCUAUGGUUAAAACUGACAUAAAACUACUUAUUUUUGUGUAGAAGCAAUAAAGAGUAAACUGAAAAUAAGGGGAAAACUUGGUCACGUGGUACAAAUUCACGUCUACCCGCUUAGCGUAUACGUGAAUCUUAAUCUUUCUCUUGACAAUUUUUUGUUUUACAGAACUGGAUUGCUUAUCGAAAACUACCAGAGACUCUCUUAUCCCAGCAACUUGAUCUGUAUUUCCCAAACAGUGGACUGCCCAGUCCUGACGAUCACAACGCUUUUUGUCAGGUUGGUCCCCUUGAUUAAACUUGCAGUCCACUUUCUUUGCAAGAAUUAAACCUUCGGAACGAUGUUUUGUCUGAAACGUUUGACCCAAGACAAAUACAAGGCCAGUCACCAUUAUUAAAUGAAAUCAUGGAACUGUUUACUGUGAUGUGCACAGUGGUUUUACUUUGGAGUUGUAGAGAAAAAAAAGGUAUCGUGCAUGUGUGCUAGACAGCACACCAUGAGGUAAAAUCUAAAAGUUCCUCGGAUGUAAGAUCGUAAGAAUGCACAGUUGGUUGGCUGCGAUACGCCUGUGAUAUUUAACGUCAUCUUAAAUUGCACGGGGAUGUCCUUGUAAGUGGGCAUUUUUAAACUCAUUGACUGUUUAAAUGCUUCUCGUAAUUAUGAGCCUUCACUGAGAAUACUUGAUUAAUAAAGUGCCAACUCACCCGCACAUAGGUAUAUUAUAACGACGAAACUAGUUGCGUCUUCAACUGCCAUGAUCUUUUUUGUAUUUAUUUGAAACUAUUUCCCCUCCUUUUUUGGACUGAACAUUAGUUGUUUAUUUUUCAGAUUUUUGGCUUUUCCAAAACGUACAGUUCAGCACCAACAGUGAUUGCAUCAGCAGCACACGCAGCGGGAGCGAAUCUAAUCAAUCCACUCUACAACAGCAUUGCACCAUGGAUAGAGGUAAGUAAGAUCCGUUAUGUUAAAACUUUACCUUACUCAACCCUGGAAUAAUUGCUAUUAGGAAGAAAAUACAUUGUAUCUCGAUGUACCAGCCGUUUUUGUUACUUUUAAUAAUAUUCUGCAAAUAACGAGUUAGAAAUCAGAGCUGAAGUCAUCAGAUUCUUUUGUAAAGAUUUUCGAAUGCCUUUUUGCUAAAUGCAUCUCAAUCUAUAUGGAAUUUUGCCCAGAAUAAUAGCACUUAUAAACAAACGAUAAAAAAUUAGAACAGAGUUAAUGUGGGCGUGUGGUCGUGUCCCAUAAAGAUAUUCAUAAUUGCGUGCUUGUCAAACUGAUUAAAUUCUUCAGUUAACAUGAGCUGUUAAAACCUCUAAGAAGACAAGAAGAAAGGAAAUGGAAACUCGUGUGAUACUUAUACCUUUUGUAUUUUUCUAUUUUGUUUUUAGCAAAUCAAUACAACCAACUGCCGUGUUUGUAUUAAAGAACUGACAAAUGAAAAUGGCUAUGACCCGGUGACUGUUAACAUGCUGGUUAUUGGUGAGUACGCCUUCCUUGUCUUUCAAAAAAAAACUAUACUCAAGCGUUGUCAUGAUCGUUCAUCGCAAAAUUUAGUUUUUAAAUUGAUAGAAUUUAACAUUAAUUUACACUGAGCUUUAGGUCAGUGCAAUUAAUUUUUUUAUUUGUUAAAUUUUGCACAGGGACCCCAGGCAACAAAUGUAGCGGUGCAACCGGAAUCGGCGUUUCUAGUUCCCAGAUCAUCCCUGACAGCAAAAUGACCGCUUCGUCUCAACAAAGCGAUCUAACAAGGCCUAGUUACGGUCGACUUAAUGGUGUGAGAGGCAACGGAUGGUGCGCAGGCACAGCUAGCAGCACGCAUGACUGGCUACAGGUGGAUCUUGGAAGAACAGUCAAAGUCUGUUCACUGUCCGCCCAGGGAGAAGUUAAUGGCAAUAGAUGGGUUACAGAUUUCAAGCUCCGCUACUCAACAGAUGGAAUUUCAUGGAGAUAUUAUAUGAAUGCAAAUGGAGCUCAAGUGGUGAGAUUCUAUAAUCUAAACAUUUUUGACUCCUUAUAUCGAAAUGCAAAUUUUCUUCGCGUCAAUAGCAGAAUUCGCCAUUUGCACAUCUCCCUCAAUACACCUUCUUUCCCCCUACUGGGUGUUGAAAGUCGAGCCAAGUGAACCUGAAGACAAUGCUUUUGAGAACGCAGAUGGCGGGCGAAUGCCGUCGUUGUAGCAUCAAUGGAGAAAAAUCGCCAAAAUUUAUCUUGUGUGAUGUCCUAAGUUAUUGCUUUAAGAAAUUACUGAAAAUAACUGACGCAGACGGAAAUUUUGUAGCUUUAGUUGCCUAUUGUUUGCCUCAGCCCGUUUUUUCAGGUUCUUGUUUUAAAUCAUGGCCAUGGCUACCCCGAAAACAUUAACCUUUAGAAAUAUACGUUCUAAAGAGUGGCCUCAGAGGCAUCCCACAUUUAAGUAACACGGUUUACUUAGAAUACAUUUUUUUAACUUUCAAAUAUUUUCCUCUAGCGUGCUUAGUAUAUAAUAUUAACAGUACCAAUAAUUCUCAAACCAAAGUGGUAUCCAGUCAGUGACUCAGACUAGGGAAAAUUUCUCAUUCCCUCAUUUCAUACGUAUAGGAAUUUCACAGAGCAGCGGUGGCUAACAGUUCCAUGGUAACUGUCCACAAGCUACCAGUGGCAAUUACAGCAAGAUACCUUCGCUUUAAUCCGACCAAACAGCAAAACUGGAACUGUCUUAGAGUGGAAGUUUCUGGUUAG